CCGACUCAUUUGGGUGUAUUGAUAUCAUUCCAUCUGUAGCCAUGUCAUUUGUCUAUGUCUUUGAAGAAGAUUUCUUUGCGAAUUAUUCCAAUGAUUCCAGCCCGCUCUACACAGAUCCAAAUACCUCAACAUGUGAGUAUGUUCUACUGGAACCUACAGCAGCUGUGACCCUGUGUCUUAUCCUUAUAGUCAUCUUUUUACUGGCCGUACCAGGAAACCUGCUGGUAGGAUGGGUGAUCAGCACCAGCAAGCAAGCUUUGACUCCUUCAGAUGUGUACCUGUUCCACCUGACCAUAGCAGAUGGACUGAUGGCUUUAACGCUCCCGUUCUUUGCUGUAGCAACAACCCGAGGAUGGCUCUUUGGAGACUUCCUGUGCAAACUCCUCAACCUCAUCAAGUUGACAAACUUCUACACCAGCAUCAUCUUCCUCGCCUGCAUUAGCAUCGAUCGUUACCUUGUGAUUGUGCACGCCAGGGAGACGCUCAAGAGUCGCCAGAGGAUGUGCAGCAGGAGCCUCUGCGCAGCGAUGUGGGCACUCGGUUGUGCCCUUGCUCUGCCUGCACUUUUCAACAAAGUCACCAAGCUCGCAGAUGGGAGGAUCAUUUGCGCCGAGAACUUUGACAUCGGCACUGCCGCUGUGUGGAGGCUCGCCUCUCGGGGGUUCAUUCUUGUUUUUGGCUUUUUGAUCCCUGCGACUGUCAUGAUCGCCUGUUACAGCGUCACCGUUGCACGGCUGCUGCUCACUCGUGGUUUCCAGAAGCACCGGGCAAUGCGAGUGAUCAUAACCGUGGUGAUUGCGUUUCUGCUCUGCUGGACACCUUACCAGAUCACCAUGGUGAUAGAAAUACUGCUGAGGAGUAAAGUGAUAAGAACUGAUUGCUUUCUUAGGACGUCGGUGAGCACGGCCCUGAUUGCAACCGAGCACCUGGCUCUGCUGCACAGCUGCAUCAAUCCUUUCCUCUAUGCCUUUGUGGGAGAGAAGUUCAGGAAAAAAAUGAAGCUGGUUCUUCAGAGAAAGUUCAGACAGGAAAGGAUGUCAGGGUCAAAGUUCAGCAGGUCAACAUCUCAGACCUCAGAAGGCACUGGAACGGUUCUCUGAGUGCUUGGUAAACUUUUUGUCUCCACGCUGUAUCAAGGCUUCUAGAAAACAAACUGUCUGAAUCUGCCCCAAAAUCAUGGACUGAACAGCAAACAUGGACAUCAGUGGAUCUAUACUACAAGCGUAGUGAAAUCUGUGCUGCAUUAAAGAUAUUUUCUGCUGCAGUUGCAAAGUUUACAAAGGUUUGGAAUUGCUGUAUUUUUCAUUUGGCUACUGUAAACUGUUUUAAAAUUUGUGUGGAGGAAUUUGGACCUGAUUUUGUCAUCCCACACCUGUAAAUAUCCUUUCUUGGUUUGUUUUUUAAGCAGUGGUAUAUUCUGCUUUAAUGAUUUUUCUACUGUCUUUUAUUGCUUCUGUUCUUUUUUCUGUAUUCCUUUUAUAUUGAAAUGUUUAUCUUCACUUUAAUUUAUCUAGUUUUUUUGCCCUUACAGUUUGCCCUUCAGU